AUGGGUAAGAUCCUGCUGUGGAGUCUUCUAUUGACUUUUUCUGGAAGUCAAGCCUCAAGCCCCUUGGCUCAAAGAAAUACCGAAUUUGCAGUGGAUCUUUAUCAAGCUGUUGGUUUAUCUCAUAAGAACAACAUCAUAAUUUCACCUCUUGGAGCAACUUUGGCCCUUGGAAUGGUACAACUGGGAGCAAAAGGAAAAGCACAGCAGCAGAUAAGACAGACUUUAAAAUUUCAGGACACCUCAACGGGAGAAGAAUUUUCUGAGCUGAAGUCAUUUUUCUCUGCCACCUCAGAGAAAAAACAAGAAUUUACAUUUAAUCUUGCCAAUGCCCUCUACCUUCAAGAAGGAUUCACUGUGAAAGAACAGUAUCUCCAUGGAAACAAGGAAUUUUUUCAGAGUGCCAUAAAGCUGGUGGAUUUUCAGAAUGCAAAGGCUUGUGCAGAGACAAUAAGUAACUGGGUAGAAAGCAAAACAGAUGGAAAAAUUAAAGACAUGUUUUCAGGGGAAGAAUUUGGUCCUCUGACUCGGCUUGUUCUGGUGAAUGCUAUUUAUUUCAAAGGGGACUGGAAACAGAAAUUCAACAAAGAAGACACACAACUGAUGAAUUUCACUCUGAAAGAUGGCACAGCAGUCAAAAUUCCAAUGAUGAAAGCUCUUCUGAGAACGAAAUAUGGUUAUUUUUCUGAAUCCUCCAUAAACUACCAGGUUUUGGAAUUACCUUAUAAAGGUGAUGAGUUUAGUUUAAUUAUCAUACUGCCUGCAGAACACGUGAACAUAGAAGAAAUGGGAAAGCUAAUUACUGCUCCUCAAAUCCUGCAAUGGUUCUCUGAGAUGCAAGAACAGGAAGUGGAAAUAAGCCUUCCUAGAUUUAAAAUAGAACAAAAAUUAGACUUCAAAGAAGCUUUGUAUUCAUUGAAUAUAACUGAGAUAUUUAGUGGUGGCUGUGACCUUUCUGGAAUAACAGAUUCUUCAGAGGUGUAUGUUUCCCGAGUAAUGCAACAAGUUUUCUUUGAGAUAAAUGAAGAAGGCAGUGAAGUUGCAACAUCAACUGGCAUAAACACACCUGUGAUUAUGAGUCUGUUACGGAAUCAAUUUAUAGCAAAUCAUCCAUUUCUGUUUAUUAUGAAGAAUAACCCAACAGAUUCAAUUUUGCUUAUGGGAAGGGUGACAAAUCCUGACACAAAAAGGAUGAAGGGGAGAGAUUUAGAUUCACUGUGA